UCUCAGUCUUUGGUACAAAUUAAAAACCAUCACUACCUGUGUCAUUUAUGAUAUUGGUUUUUUGUAUUCGUACCUACCUAAAAUAAGCAAAUUACCUGACUUAUUUACUGAUGACUUUGUUUUUAUGUAAAUAGGUCAUAAAAAUAUUUGCACUCUGGAUUUUACGCAAAAACUUUUGUCCUAACAAAACUUUAAAACUGAAAGAGAAGAACAACAGGUGGCUGUGAGGUACUUGGCCGAGGCAAUAAAUAUAACAAAACCCCUUUGCAUUUUCAUCAAUUUGAAAUCAUAUGACAUUGAGACUGUCAAAGCCUGCAAAGACAUAAUUUUAGACCUUAAAAGAGAAGAAAGAGAGUAAUGUCAGAAACAACAGUGGCUGAAUUUAAAUCUGUAAAUAAACUGUAUGGGCAACUUGUUCUUGGUCCACCUGGCGCAGGGAAGACAACAUACUGCAGUGAAAUGGCUAAGCUUUUGAAGAAAAUUGGACGAAAAAUAGUUCUUGUUAAUUUAGAUCCAGCUAAUGAUAGUGUCUCCUACAGUCCUGAUAUAGAUAUAAGAAGUCUGAUUGUUCUUGAAGAUGUUAUGGAUCAAUAUGAUUUAGGCCCAAAUGGUGCUUUAGUCUAUUGCAUGGAAUACCUUGAGGAAAAUAUUGAUUGGUUACUGAAUCAAAUUCAAGGAGAACACUGUACUAAUUUUAUUUUCGAUCUGCCUGGUCAAGUGGAACUCUACAGUCAUCAUAAUUCACUGAGUAAAAUUUUUUCUAAAUUAGCCAGUGAACGACAACUACAGCUGUGUGUGGUGCAUUUAGUAGACUCUCAUCACUGUACUGAUGCUGGAAAGUUUAUUUCAGCAUUAAUAUUAUCUUUGAAUGCAAUGCUAAAAAUUGGCCUGCCACAUGUAAAUUUGCUCACCAAAAUUGAUUUAUUAAAAAAACAUGUUGACAAAUUACAAUUUGGUAUAGAUUUUUAUACAGAGGUCUUAGAUUUAAAUUAUCUACUUGAGAAUUUGGAGAUUGAUAAUUUUACUAGUAAAUACGCAAAACUGAAUCAGGCUUUGGUAUCCAUAAUCGAAGACUACAGUUUAGUUACAUUUCAUCUUAUGUCAAGCAAUUCUAGCAAGCAAGCUCUUUAUAUAAAACUUAUGGAAGCUGAAAAUAGAAUUGAUCAAUUGCUGCACAAUGAAAGUACAAAACCAAUUCAAGUUCAACUUUUACAUCUGUACAACAAUAUCAAGGAUGCAACACAAGUAGUUAUAAGUCAUUUGGCUAAUAUUGAAGGUACUUCCGUUUCGGAAAUGCACAAGCGGAUGAGUUUAGAUAUUUGAAAUAAAACAAAAAUUAAUAA